ACAAUUUAGCCUGCAGGGUGACCAUCGUUGGUUAAACAUCUUAUCAGACCUGCUAUCCUCUUACAAUGGUAGUAAACAUCGAACCACUGGUAUGAAACCGAUAGACGUCACUGCUAGAAACGAAAAAAAAUUACUGCAUCGAGUGUACAAGAAUUUCAAAAUCAAACCCACACUUAGACUUGCAAAAUUUAAAGUUGGAGACAAAGUUCGAAUAAGCAAAUUCAAACACAUUUUUGAAAAAGGCUAUACACCUAACUGGACAACGGAAAUUUUUACGAUAAGCCAAGUGGAGAAUACCCAUCUGGUGACGUACAAACUCAAAGACUACCAGGAUCAUCCUAUCGAAGGUGGC